CAACAUCAAUAAGUCGAUGGCUGCACAGCUGCGGUUCAAGCUAUGAAAACAACCAUCAUAUGAUCAUAUCAGCUUCCAUUUGUUGCGUGAACGAUAACUUCCAGGUACUGAAAGGAUGGCGGGAAAUGAUGAUUUGAACAGCGGAGACAGCGAAGGAGACAACUUUAGGCUACACUUGGUGACGUGGAAUGUGGCCACAGCUGAUCCUCCUGCUGACAUGAGCUCACUUCUCCAUUUGGAGUCUCCAAAGCUUCCAGACAUCUAUGUCUUUGGUCUGCAGGAGGUGUACUCUGGACCUGUGAGAUUCCUGUCAGAUGUUGUGUUUGAUGACCCCUGGAGCCAUUUUCUUAUGACCACCUUAGCGCCAUUGAAUUAUGUUAAGGUGUCCUCUAUCAGAAUGCAGGGUCUCCUGUUGCUCUUCUUCACCAAACUGGAGCACCUCCCGUUCAUCCGGGACAUCCAGUCCACAUACACACGCACUGGCGUCUUUGGCUAUUGGGGUAACAAAGGAGGUGUAUCCAUUCGUCUGUCUUUCUACGGCCACAUGCUCUGUUUCCUCAACUGUCACUUGGCCGCUCACAUGAAUAAUGUCACCGAGCGAGUGGUUGAGUUUGAGUCUAUCACCGCUCAGCAGAUUUUCAACUGUGAUAAGGCUCAGAGAAUUCUUGACCACAGGUUGGUAUUCUGGUUUGGAGAUCUCAACUUUCGAAUUGAGGACCACGGCAUGCACUUUGUCCGAACGUGCAUCAACAAUAAAAACUACAGCUUGCUGUGGAGCAAAGACCAGCUGAUCAUGAUGAAGAAAAAGGAGAAGCUGCUCCAAGAGUUUGAGGAAGGCCCUCUAGACUUCCAACCCACGUACAAAUUUGACCUAAACACCGACACAUAUGACAGCAGGCUCUACCGGACAUGGUUUGCCUUUACCAGUAAAAAGCGCAAACCGGCCUGGACGGACCGAAUUCUGUGGCGCCUCAGACCCAAAGCACUGCCUUCUGACAAGCAAGACGAAUGCGGCGACAUACCAGACACGGAUCAUGUCAAGGAGCUAGAAGAACCCGAAGAAAAGCUUUUAGAGCUCGACCAGGACUUGUACACCAGCCACAUGGAGUACAGCAUCAGCGACCACAAACCCGUCACUGGUAUCUUUACACUGAAGCUGAAGAAGAUGUACACGACUCCUGCGGUGCAUCUGCUGCCUGAGGGCGAAUGGAGUGCUGACAUUGACGCCAUGCUUCUCUACAGGCCGCUGCAGUCAUUCCCUUCCAGUUCGUGGGACUGGAUUGGACUUUAUAAGGUUGGAUUCACCAGCGUGUCAGACUACAUCACAUACACGUGGGUCAAAGAUGACGAAGUGGCCAUCGAUGAAGAAGUCACCAAGGUGUACAUGAGUAAAGAGGAGAUCCCAGUUCGGGGAGGAGAGUGUGUGCUGGGCUACUACUGUAACACUUGGCAGUGCAUUAUUGGAAUCAGCCAACCAUUCAAGGUCCAUGCAUCCAAGGUGGCAAUUGAAGAGGGUUUGCAUCAAACUGGAGCAACGGACAAGAUUCAGGACUGAAGCAUCCACUGACAGAUUGACACCUGGUUUUCCACAACCAGCGCUUGUACUAUGUUGCCUUUUCAUCAUACCUUUGCUGAAAGCUUGCAGUGUGUUCGAGGCAGCACCCUCGUGCUUUGAGAGGCUAGGAAUCUACUUCAGCAUGUUGCUUGAUGAGGUCAGUUCUAGAAUGCUGGAGUCGAUGAUAAGACGGCAGAUUUUAUGAAUGAUAACGGCACAUUCACCUUCAUUUUCAUUUUGAAAAAUCCCUUUUUCUUGUCACAGUAUCGUCACAAACAUCCUGCAGUAUUAGCACCUUAAGUGUCCAUGAUGUACUGUAUUGCCAAUGCUGUAAUCUUCUUUUAACCCUUUUUAUGCAUUUUAAUUGUUUAGCGAGUGUAGAAUAUGUAAACCCAGUGUUGUGGAUGAACUGCUGUUGUUGUUUUUUCUUUUCCUCUCAGCCAAUCUAAUUCAUUGAAAAUUCCAUCUGUUCCUGGCGGACUUGAAAACACGUUUAUGUUUGACCAAUUCUCAAACAACUUCAGCUCUUUUUUUUUUUAGCUUGCUGUCUUGGCAGGUUAAAUAAAAUAGCACCUAAAAGUCA